AUGGCAUGGGGUACCAUCAAAGUCUGGGAUACACGCGCCGCAGCCUCAUGGAACUAUGACGGCUACAACUUCACGCUCAACCAAAAGGUCUCCGAAGAGAACUCCUGGGGUUUCGGUCAGACUUUGCCGUUGAUCUUACUACUACUGCCGCUUCUCUCAAUGGCCCAGGCGUACCUUGACGACGAUGCAAAAGCACAAGAAGCGUUGCGAGCGGACCGGGAUACAUUGUCUCCGCCUGGAACGGCUGCCGUUGAAGAGACGGAUGACCCAAGCGCCAUAGACGCAGAUGUCUCCAAUCUACAAAACCGCAAUCGGCUUGUGAACCUUCCAACAUACCCCUACGAGAACUUCGCCUCGCACUCCUGGUAUCACGAUCACAUAAUCCUCUUGGUCUUUCAGAUCAUCAUGGUCAGCACUGUCGCGCUUUUCUUUCUCACGCGCUUAGCAGACAUAUUCGGCAUUUCCUCUAUCCUACGCAGUAGACUCUUCGUCAUCUGGAUCCUAGCUAUCUUACCGCUGGCGUCGUUCAUUUACUUGUCAGCAUGGUAUAUUGCAGCUUUAGUGGUCGCGAGGACGAAGAGAGGAGAGACCAGACAAGAAGAGGGCAAGUGGUGCACUGGAUAUGGCGCGCGGGUCUCAUAA